GGGGACGACACGCCGCGCCGCGCCAAGCAUUCAGCAACAAGGGGUCAACGUUAAAGUGAAAAUAUCUUUUCACGAGUUUCUGCAGUUCAGCACAGCGGAUUUACGGCAAGCUCACACGCAAGCUGGCCGUAGCGCAAUGUACAACGGGCAGAACCCAAUUCCUGGCAAGCCCGUGGUGAACUUCUUUCCCUACCUGCGGAUCUUGUUCUCCCUCUUCCUCCAAGCGGGAGGAAGUGCUGGAUACGCACUGACAGCUGCGGAGGUUGCUGAGUUUCUGGACAAGCUUUCUGACGGGUCGAGACCUGUGGCGGGGGCGGGGGAGGUCCUGAAUUAUGGAUUGCAAAAAUGUCUGGGUCUGGAACAUUGCAACUUGUCAUGCUCAAUCCGAAUCAUGCAGAAAUCUGUGUUGCAUGAGUGCCAAAGGCUGUCCACUUUCGACCAAGUUUGGAUGGAGUUUCUCGUGCAGGAGAGGCAUGCGGGAGACCUCACAGACUCCGUCAUGCUAGGUCCCGCAUUCCAGACCUCAUGGGUCAUGAAAAACUUACAUGACAAGUUUACACUCUUCCAGACCCAGACAUAUUUGCAUUUCGUAUGAAUUCAUCCCACACGAAAGUCUACAGCUUUUUUGACUUCCAC